GCUGAGGAGCUGCAGCCAGCUGCGGGUGCCGCUGCGAUGGAGAGGCCAGGCCACGGCCGCCGCCGUUCCGGAGAGCACCAAGGCCCAGAUCCAGCCCCAGGAGCGGAAACCUAAAACGGGAAUCUUGAUGUUGAACAUGGGAGGCCCGGAGCGGCUGGAUGACGUCCACGAUUUCCUCCUGCGUCUCUUCCUGGACAGAGACCUGAUGACGCUUCCAGCUCAAAAUCAAUUAGCUCCGCUCAUUGCCAAGCGCCGCACCCCGAAAAUCCAGGAGCAGUACAGCAGGAUCGGCGGGGGCUCCCCCAUCAAGAAGUGGACGGCGGUGCAGGGAGAGGGCAUGGUGAAGCUGCUGGACAGCAUGUCUCCUCACACUGCGCCUCACAAGUACUACAUCGGCUUUCGGUACGUGCACCCGCUGACGGAGGAGGCCAUCGCCGACAUGGAGAGCGACGGCAUCGAGAGAGCCGUGGCCUUCACCCAGUACCCCCAGUACAGCUGCUCCACCACGGGAAGCAGUUUAAAUGCCAUUUAUCGCUACUAUAACGAGAAAGGGGAGAAGCCAAAGAUGAAGUGGAGCAUAAUUGACCGAUGGCCCACACAUCCCCUUCUCAUUCAGUGCUUUGCUGAUCACAUCCAGAAGGAGCUGAACCUGUUUCCCCCAGACAAAAGGAAAGAGGUGGUCAUCCUGUUCUCAGCGCACUCGCUGCCCAUGUCUGUGGUGAACCGCGGUGAUCCCUACCCUCAGGAGGUGGGAGCCACUGUCCAGAGGGUCAUGGAGAAGCUCAACUACUCCAACCCUUACAGGCUGGUGUGGCAGUCCAAGGUUGGCCCAAUGCCUUGGCUCGGCCCCCAGACAGACGAGACCAUCAAAGGACUGUGCCAGCGAGGAAAGAAGAACAUGUUGCUGGUCCCAAUUGCAUUUACAAGUGACCACAUUGAAACUCUGUAUGAGCUGGAUAUUGAGUAUGCCCAGGUUUUAGCCAGAGAGUGUGGCGUUGAGAACAUCAGAAGGGCAGAGUCUCUCAAUGGAAACCCGCUGUUCUCCAAGGCCCUGGCAGACCUGGUGUGCUCCCACCUGCGGUCCAACGAGGUGUGCUCCCGCCAGCUGACCCUGUGCUGCCCACUCUGCGUCAACCCCGUGUGCAGGGAGAGCAAGGCGUUCUUCAGCAGCCAGCCCCUGUGAGCCCAGGGCCAGGGCAGGGCUGGCCAGCAGCAGGCACAGCCUGCCUUUGCCUUCCUCCUCCCCAUCAUUUCUUUCUUUGAGAAGAGUUGUAGGAAGUAGGGGAAUAAGGGCAUUUCUCCUGUCAGGUGUGAGGAGAUCUCACGUCACCGACCCCGACGGGAGUUAGUGUGAGCCCAGCAGUAUGCACUGAAAACCUUACAUGGCUUUUUUACAAUUAGCUUCUAUUUCUAUGCAGGGAUUUGUUUGUAUGCAGGGUGGGCACGAGUGCACUCUCUGGCCAGCUCCAAGGUUGUUCUGCUUUUGUUUAAGGUGCACUCUGACCAGCACAGCCUGUUUGUUCUGAGAGGGACUUUGCAGCUGGCUUUGGAGAUUCUGGAGAUCAAGUGACUCCUAAUGCUUUUCAAUAAUGUGUGUGUAUAUAUAUACAUAUAUAUAUAUGUAUAUUUGGGGUUUUUUCAGGAUUUAAAGAUAAGGCUUUGUUUUGGUUUGGUUUUCUCCUGCCAGAAACUUCCGGUGAAAGCUUAGCUGGGAUAGUAGAACGCACAAAACUUGUUUACAUUUUCUAGGAAAAACAUUUUCAUUAUCUGCAGGAAAGCAUUUGAAGAGCAUAAAUUGAAAGGCAUUUGCCUGCUUGGGUGAUACUGGAGAAUUUGCUCCAUUGUGUUUCAAGUCUAGCAGGAGCACAUGUGGAAACAUGUUGGCUUAUCCAUUAAGCAGAACGGCUUUUAAAAUUCUGAUUUUUAUUAAAAAGGGCUUUUUCUGUUUGGUGAAGUAAAUUUAGGAAGUCAG